AUGAAUUCGAUACCACUGAUCGAAGAAGUACUGGACGUAGUGAAGGUCUAUGUGAACGCGGCGAUUGAGGCCGCGGUGACCGAGAUUGUAGACGAUGGACGGUCCGCGAUUCAAGGGGACUUGCUGACUGCGAUCAAGUUCGAUGACUCGAUCUCUCCAAACCUCGCGUAUCCAAGCGCGCUCGCACGUCUGGCCGCGCUGAUAACAUCUGAUUUUAGUGCUCGUUCGUAG